AUGGUUGCCAAGCCAGUCUGCAAGUUAGAUGUUGGCCAACUUCCACCCUCUUUUGUUGCCCAAAGCCUUGAAGGCUCACCACAAACCCCAUUUCCACUGGACAACAAGAACAAAGGCAAUUUCCAAUCACCUGGUGAUAGCCCUGAGGGAAGUUUUAGCUAUCAAGCAUAUGGAUUUGGCUUGGGUGGAAAAAAAAUGGCAGGCAUGCUUGAUAAGAAGAUUCAGUGCACCACCAAAUCAAUCAAAACCCAUCUGCUCCAGGGGCGAGGAUCAGAUUGGCCAGAUGAUGACAAGGAACUUCACCUCCCUAACCCGCUCCGUGAAAACAACAACACUGACGACACUGAAGCUAUAGUCAAGUUGCGAAAUGAAAUGACAUUCUAUUCUAAGUUAUUUGGUGCCAUCAACAACACUUUCUUGCCAAAAUCUGUUGCAGUUGCCCAAGCAGCUGUGGAUUAUCUAAAAGCAGAGGGUAGCAAUCAUCUUCAAGAAAAUCUGGCUUUGGAAAAAAAAUGA